GCUCCGCGCGGGGGCCUCCUCGAUUCCUUCGCUGUUGCAGCCGCCGCCGCCUCUGUGGUUGCUGGGGGUGGGUGAGAGGAGGAGCUGUCGCGGACCCCGUGGAGUCAGUCUCUGUUGCUGUUUUUGCCUGAGGAGUCUUCCUUCCUACGUCGCACCCUGAAUCCCGUGGCGUCGAGGGGGAGUCCCUGCGGACACCUCGGCACGCAGUGGAAAUGCCUCUCUUUGCCACCAACCCCUUCGAUCAAGAUGUUGAGAAAGCCACCAGUGAGAUGAAUACUGCUGAAGACUGGGGCCUCAUUUUGGAUAUUUGUGAUAAAGUUGGUCAGUCUCGGACUGGCUAUUAAGAAAUGAUGCUAUGAACCUGGGUAUACAACUGUCUCUUCAAGACCCUGCUAUAAUUCUUUGGGAUAUAUACCCAGAAGUGGAAUUGCUGGAUCAUAUGACCUAAAGAUUGUCUUCGGUCUAUUAUGAGGAGGGUGAACCAUAAAGAUCCUCAUGUUGCUAUGCAAGCUUUGACUCUUCUAGGAGCAUGUGUAUCAAACUGUGGCAAAAUUUUUCAUUUAGAAGUAUGUUCAAGAGAUUUUGCUAGUGAAGUAAGCAACGUAUUAAAUAAGGGUCAUCCUAAAGUUUGUGAAAAAUUAAAGGCUCUUAUGGUUGAAUGGACAGAUGAAUUUAAGAACGAUCCGCAGCUUAGUUUAAUAUCAGCAAUGAUUAAGAACCUUAAGGAACAAGGAGUUACAUUCCCAGCUAUUGGCUCUCAGGCUGCAGAACAGGCAAAAGCAAGCCCGGCACUUGUAGCCAAGGAUCCUGGUACUGUGGCUAACAAAAAAGAAGAAGAAGAUUUAGCAAAAGCCAUUGAAUUGUCCCUCAAGGAACAAAGGCAACAGUCAACCACUCUUUCCACUUUGUAUCCAAGCACCUCCAAUCUCUUAACUAACCAUCAACAUGAAGGCCGAAAGGUUCGUGCUAUAUAUGACUUUGAAGCUGCUGAGGAUAAUGAACUCACUUUUAAAGCUGGAGAAAUUAUUACAGUUCUUGAUGACAGUGAUCCCAACUGGUGGAAAGGCGAAACCCAUCAAGGCAUAGGGUUAUUUCCUUCUAAUUUUGUGACUGCAGAUCUUACUGCUGAACCAGAAAUGGUUAAAACAGAGAAGAAGACAGUACAGUUUAGUGAUGAUGUUCAGGUAGAGACAAUAGACCCAGAGCCGGAGCCAGCCUUUAUUGAUGAGGAUAAAAUGGACCAGUUGCUACAGAUGUUGCAGAGUACAGAUCCCAGUGAUGAUCAGCCAGAUCUACCAGAGCUACUUCAUCUCGAAGCAAUGUGUCACCAGAUGGGCCCUCUCAUUGAUGAAAAGUUGGAAGAUAUUGAUAGAAAACACUCAGAACUCUCAGAACUUAAUGUUAAAGUUAUGGAGGCACUUUCAUUGUAUACCAAGUUAAUGAAUGAAGAUCCAAUGUAUUCCAUGUAUGCAAAAUUACAGAAUCAGCAAUAUUAUAUGCAGACAUCUGGUGUUUCUGGUUCUCAGGUAUAUCCAGGACCUCCUCCAAGCGGUGCUUACCUGGUUGCAGGGAAUGCACAGAUGAGCCAUCUCCAGAGCUACAGUCUUCCCCCAGAGCAGCUGUCUUCUCUUAGCCAAGGAGUGGUGCCACCGUCUGCAAACCCAGCCCUUCCUAGUCAGCAGACUCAGGCUUCUUACCCAACCACAAUGGUCAGUUCAGUGCAAGGAAAUACGUAUCCCAGCCCGGCUUCCGUAUAUAGUCCUCCCCCUGCUGCUGCCGCUGCAACUGCUGAUGUCACUCUGUACCAGAAUGCAGGAACUAGUAUGUCCCAGGUGCCAAACUAUAAUUUAACGUCAUCAACCCUGCCUCAGCCAGGAGGCAGUCAGCAGCCCCCUCAACCACAGCAACCAUAUUCUCAGAAGGCUUUACUAUAGGACCUGGUGUUCCUUUUUGUGGCAUAUAGCUCCUAAAUGCCGCUGACAAUGUUACGAGAUUCAUUAAUAUCUUAAGAUUUGUUUAUCCUCAGCUCAUAGGAAUCUGUCUUGGUCAACAAACUCAAAUAUUCAAGAAGGUAGAGCUCUCUUCAAUUUACACCGACUUUUUAGAGGUUCUCCCUUCCCCCUCCCCCAAAGGAAUGAAACUACUUACAACACCUAAUCCCUUUCAUAAUAUGAAAGAAUUGAUACAAGAUUAUUUGUCUUGUAAAAUUACGUGGUCUGUAAAAAGUCAAACUUACAAAAACUGUUGUGACAAAUGUUCUGUACAUAUAUUGAUAUGUAACUUCAUUAGUGGUCAUUUUGAAUCACAGUGGUGAUCAUGUGAAUAUAUUUAACACUGUGUUAAAUUAAUUUACAUUGCUAUUUUAUUUUAAUCAUGAAAAACUACCAUGUUUCUUAGUGUUUUGUGUAAAGUUAAUUACAGUAUCUUUAACUGCAAGAAAGCAAAGCUGUGGCAUAUUUACAUGAAGGCAUUUUGUAGUCAUGUUUCAGUUUCACAUUAAACUGAACCUUCCUUUACUAAUUGUGAGCUAAACAUAUUCACAUAUAUUAUGUCUUUCUGUAGCCUCUGCAUACUACUAGCUGUCAUCACACCAGCGUACAGUAGCUAAAUUUUUGGUGCAGUUAUAGCAGAUGAUAAUGUUCCCUUUUGAACUUCUACAUUUUGGCAUGAUGUUUCAGGAUAUUGUGGGACCAUGAGACAAAAUUAAGUAGGAUCACAUUCUUUAUAUCUUAUUUUUAAAGAAAUGUUGUUUUACUUUUUCCUAGUUAAAGAUAGUAAUUAGGUUUAUAAGCUGUAUACUGUGUUUAUUGGUGGCAGUGAUGCCAAAGAUAGAGGCAAUGGAUAGAGAUUUUUAAACUGAAAAGAAAAUAGGAAUUACACUACAUUUCCCAAGUUUCUUAUAAUUAUUUGGGAUAUAAACAAAAUUUAAUUCAUCUGUCUCAUCCCCUUGCUAAUCUUUUAAAUGUGUCUUUAGCACAUUGUAUCCUUUAAUUCCUCAUUAAAAUGGCUAUAAGUAGAUGUUUCCAAGUAA